AACGUCUUCUUUUGUAUUUGGAAAAACCCUAAAUUUACUCUUAAUUUCCUGCGGAAAGUUGCAUUACUUUGCAACUGCUAAUAACAAUUCUCCAUUGUUUUCUUUUGUUUAUGAUUUUGUUAAUUGUAAUAAAGAAGUUCGAAAAUGGCGAAGAAGAUUUCUUCCAGAAGAGAGCUGUUAGAGCGAUGGAGAGGCAUCGAAGAAGAGGAGGAAGAAGGAGACGACGGUGAUCCUUCCAUACGAUUUCGGCUUCACAAGCGGAAAGAAGAAUGGUUUGCAGAUGCAUUCAGUGUCUUGAUAAAUUUACCAAAGGAAAAUCACAUUUGGUGUGGCUCAUGGGAUAUAAUGGGUCCCCUCUUGGAAACCUUCUACAAUUAUUUCAAAGAUGACUGCAAUGAUUCUCCUCUAAGGCUUCUAUGGAAUAGGAUCUCUGCGGAAAUGCGCCAUUGCAUCCAAUGUGUUUCUCAGCACCAUCAAGCCCAGGAGAUGUAUAGCAUGGAGUAUGAGUCGUGUUCCAUAGGUCCCCUCCUUGAUGUGUUGAGGCACCUUGAUGAGGAAAGGGUGACUCAACAUUUAAGAGAGAUGAAUGAAAGAUUGGCGCUGCAGAAGUAUGAUCCUGUAUGUGAUAAUGUCGAGGUUGUCAAUCUCAUGUAUGAGGUUUUGAUGUUUCCUGUCCUAUUAGAUGACCAGUCCUUGUUUAUAGAAUUUGAAAGAUUCAUUGAAGCAGUUGAUAAUAUGCAUGAAUUGGCUUUGGCUGGGCAACAGUUUCCGGGCGUUUAUGCAUUGCUUUUUUUCAAUAGAAGAGUGCGGACCGUUGGCCAUCGUUUAGCUAAAUCUAUGGGAAAAAUGAGGAGAGCAACAGAUUUGGAACCUUUGCAACCUUUGCUGAAAAAUUUCAUUGGCUUUUUGGAGAAUGAAGUAUUGCCUUCACCGUUAGAGACUUCAAGGCCAAGAGCACUGCUGGACCGCCUUCCCAUAUGGCUUGGGAUUACAUCCUUGCUCGAGUUCUUGGAACCUCCAGCUUUUGAAGAUGGAAUAUUGGAGCGCUAUCCUAUCUUUCUUGAUAUUGUGCUCAACCAUAUCAGUGGUGAUUCACCUGAAUUUUCCCACGCUGUUAGUUGCUUGAGAGAACUCUUCAAAAUGCUUGGUUGUAAGCUUUGGCUUAGGUCUACACUAUCUCCCAGUGUAAUGCGCAACACAUUGUUGGGUCAGUGUUUUCACACUAGAAAUGAGAAGAUGCAUAAAGAUAUUUUUGAUCUUUUCCAGCCAUUUUUGCAGUCACUUGAAGCUUUGCAAGAUGGGGAACAUGAAAAGCAGCGCAGACAUUUCCUUUAUUUUCUUCUCCACCAAGUUCCUGUGAGCAGUAACUUUAGUGUUCUAACGAGAAAAUCUGCCUGCAAGGUUGCUCUUCUUAUCAUACAUCGAGGCUACAAGAUGAAUCAACCAUGCCCUCCUUUUGAAUGUGCACAUAUGUGGGGCCCUUCACUUGUGUCUUCUUUGAAGGAUUCUUCACUCCACAGUUCCCUGCGCCAGCCUGCCUUUGAUCUCAUACAAACCAUUCUAGUGUCUGAUGCUGCUGCCUUAAUAGCUUCAAUGCGGAAUUGUUGCAUUACUACAAAUAUUGCUAAAAACACUUCUAGUGAGUUAGAUGACGAGGAAGAAAAUAAUGAGCUUCCAUUUACUCAGGAUGUUGAAGAGAAUGAUCUUGGAUGUUGGAGUGAAUUUAGUGCUGAGAGUCAAAUUUCCUCUCGGGAGUAUAGAGAGUGGAUGUGUAUUCCCAUGCUGUGGAUUGAUGUUCUUGUUGACAUUGAUCCUUCAGUUCUGCCAAUAUCAUUUUUCAAGGCUGUAUUUUGGGCUCGUUCUCGUUUCCCUAUGAUAGAACCCAUGAAUGGUGCCGAAAUGGCUCUUGAUAUUAAAGGUUGGCUUUCAUCCUCUGCUGUAGAAAUCUCGAGUACAUUUGGAUGGAAGGUACCAACUGGUUCUGAUGAUGGCGGGGGGAAGGAAUCUAAAAACUCAAUGAGAUUGUUAACAAUGUGUCUACCUUUGAUAAAGACAUUCAACAGGUUAACUGUACACUUUUUGAUUCGAAUUGGGCAAGGGGAACUUCGAAGGCAAUGGUCUUGGGAACCAAGGAUGAGUGAAAGCUUGAUCCUCUCACUUGUAGACCCUAAUGAUAAUGUGAGACAAUUUGGCAAGUCUAUCUUGGAACAAGUUUCAGAUACGCGAGGUCUUGGUUGUGGCUUGAAGUUUCUUUGCUCUGACGUUCUUUCUCUAUCUUCUAUUUAUUUGGGCUUGAAGCAUGCCUUGAAACUUGUCCAGUUAGAUGCUGUUCUAUUAAAGUUUCAGACUUUGCACCAUUUUUUCUUUGUUCUCUGCAAAUUACUCAAAGAGGAGGACUUGCCUAAUUCAGAAGUAGCAGAAAAUUCAUCCAUUACAUCAAAUAUUAUGAAGUACACUUCUCAGGGUGGAUUUCUUAAGCAGCCAUUGUUUGAUGCAUUGCCUGAAAGCGUGGGCAGAAAUUACUCAAGUGUUGACCCAAAAUUAAGGGAAAAUUUCUGUUACUCAUUGUCAGAAAUUGCGUGGCCUGCCUUGUGCAAGUGUUUGGUAGAAGGGAAGGCAUUUAUUGAUUACGGUCUAUGUCAGAUGACUUGUGUUCGUGUACUUGAGAUCCUCCCUGUUCUAUUUGGAAGACUCGGUCCAUCACUUGUCACAUUUGGAGAUUCUAAAGUAGCAUUAGGGAUUUCAAUGGAUUUCAAAUGGCUUCAUGAUCUUAUGGAAUGGGGAAAGUCGCAACUUAAGGUCAUUGUUGUCUAUUGGAAAAAGGCUGUAAUAUCCUUGCUGAAUGCAAUCAAGCUAAUAAGGGGUGAUAGUUCUCUGUUGAUGGUUGGGGCCGUUGAAAAUCUUAUUUCAAGAGAUACUGUUGACAUGGAUGAACUGACAGAACAAGUAUCACGACUUUGUAUUACAUUAUCUAAAGAAGUUUCUUGUGCUAUUGGACAUUCAACCUUGAGGUCAAAAAAAUUGUCUUCUGGAGCAUCUGUUGAGGGAAGCUACACUGCACUUGAUGUGCAGCUUCUUUCCUCUGAAACGGAUGUAAAAAAGAUUGAUUCCUUUAAAUCAGAAAGACUCCUGAAUGAAAAUAAUCUGAUUGUUAUUUCUGAUGAUGAGAUGGAGAAACAUAUCGCACCCGAUAAGUCAAGUCAUCAACUGUUGCAUGGGGAGGUGGAAUUUCCUUCUGCUGAUGAGAAUGCUUCAGAAACUAACCACGCCCAGAAGAAUGUCCAUAGCAUUGCUACUGGUACAGCAAAGGAUCUAUUAGAGUCUUCCAUUGAAAGAGAUUAUCUUGUUUCUCAGAAACAGAAAACUGAGAAAUCAAGAGUCGAGCCACCACAUCUUCUCAAACCAAAAGGACCUGAUAGUGAGAGGAAAAUAAGCUCCGACUCCAGAAGCAGUGUUAUUUCAUCUCAGUGUAGAAUUGAUCGGGAGAACAAGGUUGAUGAAUCUGUUAAAUUAAGCAGUACUAAUCAAGGAUGCAAAAAAGUAAUUUCUGGAACAAAUGAUACAGUUUUGAGGGAGGUAGUUGCUGCAGAUGAUUCAUUAGAAUCUGCUUUCAGAACUGUCACCUUACAGCCAUCAUUUCUAGUGAAGCAGGGUCCUGUUGUUCCUAAAAGACAAGUCAUUCAACUUAAAUCACCUUUCGGUAACAGAUCUAGCCUACAGAGGUCGGAAGCUCAGGUUAAAAGGUUCAAGCCUCCAAGACUUGAUGACUGGUAUAGGCCAAUACUAGAAGUAGAUUUCUUUGUAACAGUGGGAUUAGCAUCUGCAAGUGACAGUGAGAGUCGCACUGUUAACAAAUUAAAGGAGGUCCCUGUGUCAUUUCAGUCACCUGAGCAGUAUGUAAACAUUUUUCGGCCAUUGGUUUUGGAGGAAUUUAAAGCACAACUGAAUAGUUCCUUUCUGGAAAUGUCUUCAUGGGACGAGAUGUAUUGUGGCAAUAUAUCUGUGCUGUCUGUUGAGAGGGUUGAUGAUUUCCAUCUUGUUCGAUUUGUAUAUGAUGUUGAUGAUUCUACAGCCUCUAAAAGUUUGUCAGAGAAUGAUCUUGUUUUGCUCACUAAAGAGCCUCCAAAAAGUACCUCUCAUGAUGUUCAUAUGGUCGGAAAGGUCGAGAGGCGAGAGAGAGACAAUAAAAGAAGGUCCAGUAUGCUGCUGAUUCGGUUUUAUCUUCAGAAUGGUUCAAUACGUUUGAACCAAGCUAGGAGGCAGCUUCUUGAACGUAGUAAAUGGCAUGCCAGUCGAAUCAUGAGCAUUACACCCCAGCUCCGAGAAUUUCAGGCACUAUCAUCAAUAAAGGAAAUCCCCUUGCUUCCUGUCAUUUUAAACCCUGUCAAUGAUUUUACCCUUUCUUAUAAAUCAACAAUAGAUUUCAGUAAGUUGGCCCAGCCCCUGCAGCAAUUGCUGAAGUCAUCAUUCAAUGAUAGUCAACUGCAAGCGUUGAAUGUUGCUCUUGGAUCACAGAAGAUAAAGAAAGAUUUUGAAUUGUCUCUUAUUCAGGGUCCACCUGGGACUGGAAAGACACGAACUAUCGUGGCAAUGCUUGGUCUUUUGCUUGCUUCCUUUCAACGGAGAACAAAUGAACCAGAGAAUUCCCAGAAGGGUUGUUUGAAACAAAGCUAUAAGUCUUCCACCAAUUCAAAUGCACGAGUGAGCCAGGCCACUGCCAUUGCAAGAGCAUGGCAGGAUGCUGCCCUGGCUAGACAAUUAAAUGAAGAUGUUGAAAUGUCGAAAAAGUCGGUUGAAAGUUAUACAAGAGGAAGGGUGUUAAUUUGUGCUCAGUCAAAUGCUGCAGUUGAUGAGUUGGUGUCAAGAAUAUCUAGUGAAGGUCUAUAUGGAAGAGAUGGAAAGAAGUACAAACCAUACCUUGUACGGGUUGGAAAUGCAAAAACAGUGCAUCAGAAUUCACUACCCUUCUAUAUCGAUACACUUAUUCAUCAUCGGUUGGAAGAAGAGAAAAUGCAUAUAAAUGAUGCUAGACAUGAUUCAAGUACAGAGUCAUCUUCUAUGGUACUGCGUUCUAAUCUGGAGAAGGUAGUUGAAAACAUUAGGUUCUUUGAAACCAAGCGUGCAAACACAAGGGAUACAAAUUCAUGUGUGAAAAAAAUAUCAGAUGGAUCUGAUAAGGAAACAGAUAUAAAAGAAAUGUCUAGUUUGGAAGUAGAGGCUAAGCUACAACGAUUAUAUGAGCAAAAGAAACAAAUUUAUAAAGAUCUUAGUGCUGCUCAGGCACAAGAGAGGAAAACUAAUGAAGAAACCAAAGCAUUAAAACAUAAACUGCGGAAGUCUAUUCUAAAGGAAGCUGAAAUAGUUGUUACAACGUUAAGUGGUUGUGGUGGAGAUCUCUAUGGUGUAUGUGCUGAAACCAUAUCAAGUUUUAAGCUUUGCAAUCCAUCUGAACACUCUCUUUUUGAUGCUGUUGUCAUUGAUGAAGCAGCUCAAGCUUUGGAACCAGCUACUUUGAUUCCUCUUCAGCUUUUAAAGUCAAGAGGGACAAAAUGUAUCAUGGUUGGUGAUCCAAAGCAACUUCCUGCAACAGUUCUCUCUAAUGUUGCGAGCAAAUAUAUGUAUGAAUGCAGCAUGUUUGAGCGUUUACAAAGAGCUGGUCAUCCUAUUGUUAUGCUUACCAAACAGUAUAGGAUGCAUCCAGAGAUAUGUCGCUUCCCUUCUUUGCACUUCUAUGACAACAAGUUGCUGAAUGGUUAUACAAUCUCAAGCAAAUCAGCAUCAUUUCAUGGAAGUGAAGGCCUUGGCCCAUAUGUGUUUUAUGAUGUUAUUGAUGGUGUCGAGCUUCGUGGAAAGAAUUCUGCCGCCAUAUCUCUUUAUAAUGAAUGUGAGGCUGAUGCAGCAGUUGCGCUGCUUAAAUUUUUCAGGAAAAGGUAUCCAUCAGAGUUUGUUGGUGGCAGGAUUGGAAUAAUAACACCAUACAAGUGUCAGCUUUCUCUUUUGCGAUCUCGUUUUUCUAGUGUGUUUGGUUCAUCUUUUUGUGCUGAUAUCGAAUUCAACACAGUGGAUGGUUUUCAAGGCCGGGAGGUGGAUAUAUUAGUGUUUUCUACUGUUAGAGCAGCAACUUCUUCGCAUGGCGUAAGUUCAAGCAACAGUAUUGGGUUUGUUGCUGAUGUAAGACGGAUGAAUGUUGCUUUGACAAGAGCUAGGCUUUCUCUUUGGAUUUUGGGGAAUUCAAGGACUUUGCAGACAGAUCGUAAUUGGGGUGCGCUUGUGAAGGAUGCUAAGCAGAGAAAUUUGGUGAUUUCUAUUGAAAGGCCUUACAAUAUCUCUUUUCAAACUAACACAAGGAAGAAUCUUGUUUCACAAGGUUCUGAUAAUCAUCAAAGUCGGGUGAAGCAUGUCGAACAGGUCAGAGGUGAUGGCCAACUUGCCACACUGGAGUCUCGGGCAAAGCUGAAGUUAGAAGGAAAGAGAAAGCAUAAUGACAGUGUGGCUCACUGUAACCGGACUUUUGCUGGAGGUGACAAUGACUGUGAGAAAAGUAAAGAUAUAUACUGUAGCAAAAGAAAAGCAAAAGAUGAUUGUGAUCCUCCCACUGGAAGGAAUAUUUCAUCUGCAUCUGCAUCUGCAUCUGCAAAUGAUGAUAGAAGACGAUCACAUAAAAUGAACUCCGGUGUUCCAGAGAAACUUUCUUCCUCUAGUGGAAGCCAAGAAAGAGAAGGUAGUGAAGUAAAGGUCAACAAGGGAAAAAGCCAUAUGCACCAGAGAAGCAACGAUGACAAUGGUGGACAAGAAAUGGGUCGUGGUGGCAAAAAUAAGAUGUCAAAAGACUCUAAGAGAUCUUCUGGGCAUCAACAAAAAAGCUCGCAUGUUUCAAUCCCCAGACCUGAUGACAAUAAUGAAGAGAGAAAAGCUAACAAGGGUGGUAGAGAUCCUAAAGAAGUUGACACUUCUCAGAAUUUAAUUCUAAAACGGAAAAAGCAACGGGAAGCUGUUGAUGCUAUUCUUUUCUCGGGUCUAAUUCCCUCAAAGAAGUCUGAACAAUCAUCAAAAAAGUCGAACGAAAAAAGGUCUCGUGCCCCAUCUUCAGUUGUAACUGGUGACAUUAAACCACCGAAGAAAAUUAAAGGUCCUCCAAAAUCCUAAAACAAGGCACUAGUAGAUCGGAUUCAUCAAUGGCUCGGUGCAAGAGACAGUUCUUUGAGGUUAUAGCCUUAUAGGGCCUACACAUAUUGGAAGAAAGCUUAUCACUUCUCUGAAGCGACAACCUGCCUUGUUUCUCACGUAAAUUCCUGUAAAAGCAGAAAGGGUAGAAGUAAGUAGAUACAUACAUGCAUACAUCCUCUUGUUUUCCUAUAUUUAAAUCAUGUAGAACUAGGUUCUAACUCCCCUGAAUUAGAUUGGAAGUUGUCUUUAUCAGAUUUUAUGCAAGUUGUAGAGAAGCAAGAAGAUAGUUUGCAGCGUUUCGGAGAAUGGGGGCGAAAUUAGCAGAGCCAUUCCACAUCUUGUUUUGGUAAGUGCAUUUGAUGUGGAUGGUUCCUGAAAACAUUUAUAUAGAAAGAAGGAAACAUAUUGUGUUUUCUGUGUUAAACCAUAGUUUUUUUAAAGUUUUGAGGAAUCCACCUUUUGCUUGAUAUUCAUCCUGGUUUUGGUUGAAUGGGGAGACUAUUUGUUGUAGAUAAAUUUUUCUUCAUAUGUUAGCAUUCUUUAAAAACUAAAUGAAAAUGCUUUCAACAAA